CCUUUUCAAUGAAGCAGUCUAGUGUUGUGCCGUUGUGUCGUAUGAACCGAUGAUUUUUACUUUUUCUACCUCAUUUAUUACUACUUAGGGUUUCUGGCAUAUCUAUGUGUGCCUGAGAGAAAGAUUGUAGAUAACAAUGACUAUUAGAUCGCUUCAACUUGGUAUCACAGUUCUUGUUGUUUUAUUUGUGUGCAUUGGAGCUAGUGGAAACAAUGAAGUCUCGAUACAAUGGAAAUAUCAGGAUAGAAAUUACUCAGAUUUCUUGACAUUGACAAACACUUCAGAUAGUGCGCACGAGGCAAAUUGUUCAGCACACUCUAUGGAAGAAUUUCCUACCGACCUAUUUACUGCUGAACAAAGGAGAAAUGGGGCUGUACUGUUUCACGCAUUUUUCGGAUUUUACUGUUUUUUACUGACUGCAUAUGUCUGCAAUGACUAUCUUCUACCGGCGCUGGAUAUCAUCUGUGCGGAGCUGAAGAUCAGUGCUGAUGUAGCUGGUGCUACCUUUCUGGCAACUGCCAGUUGUUUUCCGGAAUUAUUCGUCAAUGUCGUGGGGACUUUUGUUACGGAAUCGGAUCUUGGAGUUGGGACCGUUGUCGGUGGGGCUGUAUUCAAUACCUUUGCAACACCGGCUUUCGGGGCCCUGUCCGCUGCUCAGGCCAUUCAACUCGACUCGUGGAUUCUCUCGCGAGAUUGCAUUAUUUAUGUUUUUUCGGUGAGUGUUCUGGUGAUUGUCAUGUGGGAUGGCAAAAUCAAGUGGUACGAGUCACUGGUCCUCAUCACUUUGUUCACCGGAUAUUUUGCACUCUUGUUUCUUAAUAAUAAAGUUAUGUACUGUACGAAGAAGAUUAAGGAACUGUUCAGAAAGAAAUCAGAACUUCAGAGUGAUAAUGAACGCAGAUCUGAGCAUGAGGAUAUGCCAACGGGAAGUUACAAACCUUUCGUUCAUGGGGACCUGGUCGUCGAGUAUAGGAAGAGCAUUCAACAUGUUAUGAGGAAAGACAUGGAGGAGGGGAAAAAUUACGGUAGUUGUCCGGAGAUGUUCGAUGAAUACGUAGAACCAGCUUCACCAUUGAAUUGUCCAAGUGGUGGAGUCUGGACUCGAAUGUGGUUCGUAUUCACCUGGCCCCUGAAGCUCAUCCUGUUCCUAACGAUACCAGAUACAAGAUGGAAAAAUUUCAAAAAUUGGUAUCCACUGACUUUUGUCAUGUGCGUUGCCUGGAUCGCCGUGUCUUCAUACUUGGUCAGCUGGAUGAUGACCGUUGUGGGAGACACCCUCGGAAUUUCCGACUCGAUAAUGGGAAUCACCUUUCUAUCUGCUGGAGGAAAUAUGCCGGAGCUCGUGUCCAUCGUCAUACUAUCGAGACAAGGGAAUGGAGACAUGGCGAUGAGUAAUACACUGGGUGCCAAUACACUGGACAUCCUCAUGUGUCUCGGUUUACCAUGGGUAAUUAAAUCAAUCAUGUCUGGGUCGGACAUUGUCAUUGAAUCAGGAGCUAUUACAUUUAGUGUUCUGUCGAUCAUUGUGUGCGUUAUUGGAUUCUUCAGUGUAACAGCGUACUACAAGUUUCAAUUGAACAAACGAGUUGGUAUUGCUUGUUUAAUAAUGUACUUGUUAUUCUUAACAUUUUCGAUUCUACUGGAGUCGAAUGUUUUUUGGCAAGUUAAUCUACCCAUGUGUGAAAACUAAUAAUUAUUGUGAAUAUUGAAAAGGAUAGGGAAUUCGCGCUGAAAGAAAUAUCGAUUGAAUAUAACAAAAUUAAUUUUUGGCGCAAAAUCUUUCAUGUCCCGAACAUAAUUCAAUUGGGAUGAGACUUUCCCAUAAUAAUUCAGAUCAUGUGAAAAUUCACUGCAAUUUUUGCAGCUGAAAACCAACUGUAUCCAACUGAUAAAAAAUCUGCUCUUCAGUGAAGAAAUUAUUUUUGUUAUAGUACGUCAAUUUUUCUCUCAGUACACUAGUCACAUUGUUAAAUCCAUCGAUCAUCAAUUAUCUCUUUAUCAUUAAUCAUGCCAGACAUUAUUGUUAACUAGAAUAUAAGAUUAAUCAUUAAUUUUGAUAAACCCUGAUACUCAACGGACAAAAAAUACAAUAAUUUUGCUGCCAAAAUAAAUUUUUAUCAUGAGAUUGAAUGCCAGAUGUCAUUCAUUGGAAUUGACAACGUACGUCAUGUCUUCGUGAAUCUCUUCAAAUUAAUCGAGAGUCGUAUCGAUGUUUUUUGUGAUAAUGGGAGUGCAGAAAUAUCUGUGACAAGGUAUAAAUUGCAAUUAACAACAAUAAUUAGUAUUUGUUCGCACUCUCAUUCCACCGCGAUUGAAACUUUAUUAAACAAUUGGCAUUGGUUGACGUAACAACUUGUAAAACAAUAUUUUUUCAGUAUCUUUUUGUUUGUUUCUUUUUAAAAUUAUUUAUCAUCGCAUUAUUUCACUGUAUCAUCGACGUUAAAGUAUCAAAUGUCGUGCCCAGUGAUCCACUGAUUACAAUAUAAAUUUCAUUCUUGUUUCGUGUCAUCGUUAAACCAUAUACAUGAACACAUACAAUAAUGUACAAGUGUCGACGCUCGUAAAAAAUGAACAUUUUACAUUAAAAACACAAUUAGUUUA